AUGAUGGAUGUGAUGGAGUAUCCCAUCGAGGAGCUCUCGGCUCAUCCUGCGCUGGAUUACAUUCCCGAACAAAUACACACGUAUGAUUUUCGCCGCAGCAAGGUUGAGCUUGUGGGGAGCUGGUAUCUCUCCUACGAUGUCCCCUGUAUUGUCUCAAAUCAUGUUGAUCGGGACGGCACCAAGUUGUGCAGUGUUUUACGGACUCAUCCCGUGGUCGCGCGUAGUUUUGCGACGUUCCCACCAGUCCAGUGCAUGUCCUUCGAAGAGUUUAUAGGUGUCGAAUUACCGGAUCUGUUCAAUCCUUCUGGAAUUACGGUGCAGGAUGUAGCAGACACCUUGCACGCAAAAUUGGAAGAAGGAUUGACUGUGGCAGCUGUCGCGGCUCUUCUCGCGUCUGAAUUGUAUUCUGAAACCUGCGAGAUGCCGAACUGGUGCAUAACGGAGGCCUUCCUGAGGUUCACAACUCUGGGAGGCAUAUUUUCUGUCUUUGCCGUCCAAAAGGUUAUCGUCCGGGAAGAUAUGGAAGGUCAUCGCCUUUUUUACAUUUGGAUUGAAGUGCGGAAGGACAACUUUGCGGACACAGACAUCGAUGGUGACCCGAUAACAAGCAUGUUCCAUUGGCGCCGACGUGAGUCGCCGCCAGGAUUGUGUUCUGUUUGUCUUGACCUUGACAUGAACAUUAUGACACCGGCUGUGGUUCUAGCAUGCUACUACAUAGCCCACUAG